CCCGUGAAAAUGACAAAAACGGGACAACGGGAAUUCCCGUUCCCGCGAAAACACCCAAAAAACGGGACAACGGGACAUCCCGUUCCCGUGAAAACGCUCAAAAACGGGACAAAAGACGUCCCGUUCCCGUAAAAAUGACAAAAACGGGACAGCGGGAACUCCCGUUCCCGUGAAAAUUUUAAAAACGGGACAACGGGAAUUCCCGUUCCCGUGAAAACACCCCAAAAACGGGACAACGGGACAAACGGGACAAACGGGACACGGGAAUUGACACCCUUUCUCAGGACUGCAAAACAAAUAAUUUCUCACGUAUAAAUAAUACCACGGGUGUCAUACCCACUCUAGUCAUUUUCGAUUUCGCAAAGUAUACAUGGAAGCUUCAAAAGAAUUUCCCGGAUUUCCAAACGAUUUUCAUGCUUUCGAAGUGUCGCCAAUUCCAUUCGACAUAAACUCUAAAGAGCUUUCAUUGAAAAAUCACUCGAAUCGCGCUAUUUUGUUCAAGGUAAAAUGCACAAAUAACAAGAGGAUUAGAAUCGAAGAAUGCUCGGAUAUACUGAAACCUGGUAACGAGACAACGGCCACUAUCAAAAAACUGGUUGACACAGUAGACGGCGAUUCACUUUAUGUCAUUUACACUUUAGUUGGAAAAGAGUGGCACAAUGAGCGAAUGUCUGCAUGGCGAUGCUGGGAGAGAGCAAAGAAGCAGGCUGUACCGACGCAAUGCAUAUCAGUUCCAAUCAAAAGAUCAAGUGAAUGUGAGAAAAAGGAAAAGAAAUAUGAGAAAGAGAAGACUAAAAGCGAGGAUUGAUAACUACUUUUGAAAAAUAAACUUGAGCGACAGAA